AUGGGCGUCAUCCGGAAGAAGACCGCAACGCGGGGUGGCGAAGGAGGAGUCAAGUACGUCUGCGAGAUCUGCUCUGCCGAUAUCACAAACACUGUCCGCAUCCGAUGCGCGCACAGCGUCUGUAACGAAUACGACUUAUGCGUAGAGUGCUUCAAGAAUGGGGAAUCUAGUGCCAAUCACCACCCUCCUACCCACCCUUUCAACGUAAUCGAGCAGAACUCCGUUCCGAUAUAUGACAAGGAUUGGGGUGCCGAUGAAGAACUGUUACUUUUGGAGGGAUGCGAAACAUAUGGUCUUGGGUCCUGGGCCGAUGUAGCAGAUCAUAUUGGAGGAUACCGAGACAAGGACGAGGUUGCAAAACACUACAUCGACACAUACAUCAGCAGCCCAAAAUUCCCACUACCUGCACGCGCCAGUCCCAAAGACCUAACGCUACUGAAUCAAGUUCCACGUGAACAAUUCCAAGCUCUUAAAAAGAGAAGAAUUGAAGAUCGGAAAGAAAAGCAGAAGAAUGCGCCUCCUCCACAAUCCAAGAAGAAGCCUACUGCAAGUGUACCAGCGUGUCAUGAGGUCCAAGGGUACAUGCCUGGCCGCUUGGAGUUUGAGACUGAAUACGCAAAUGAAGCAGAAGAGGCUGUUCAACUUAUGCAGUUUGAUCCUGGAGAUGGCAUCAAUCCUCGGACAGGCGAGUUGGAACCCGAGAUGGACCUUAAAAUGACCGUCAUGGAUGUGUACAACGCCCGCUUGACGCAAAGAGCCGAAAGGAAAAAGGUUAUCUUUGAACACAACCUCCUCGAGUACCGCAAAAACUCCACCCUAGACAAGAAACGUACCAAAGAGGAACGUGAUAUCCUUAAUAAGGCCAAGCCGUUCGCUCGGAUGAUGAACAGGGAAGAUUUCGAAGAGUUCUGCGACGGCUUAAUCCGUGAGCACAACCUACGCCAAGCAAUCACUCAACUCCAAGACUGGCGCAACAACAAAAUCGAAACUCUGAAAGGAGGCGAGAAAUACGAGCAAGAGAAAGCCCAGCGCGUCCAGAACAAGGUACCUAUGGGCUCCCUGGAUCGUGAACGCUUCGCUAGCUCCCAACGCUCCAAACAAGCACCCAUCAUCGAAACCCCCUCUGGAGCAGCCCUACUCGUUGCUCCCGAACUCCCAAUACGCCUCACUCCCAACACAGCAGCCAAUACUCCCGUUGCUUCACCCGGCCGCCCCGCGCUAGCCGAGAAACCCAAUGGUACGGCUCUCAGCAAUGGUCACGCCACCAACGGCACUGCCACUCCUCAAACCGCAAAAGUCAAGUACCAAGUCCAACCUAUCAGCGGCGUCACGCCCCUACCCUUAUCUCAAGAAAACGCACCAGAUAUCCAUCUCCUCACAGCAGACGAAAUCGAGCUCUGCAAAGUGUGUCGUAUCCAGCCAAAACCAUACUUGGUCAUCAAGGAGCGCAUCAUCAAAGAAUCAGUUACAGGGAAUGGUACUUUGAAAAAGAAGCAGGUCAAGGAGUUGGCGAAGGUGGAUAGUCAGAAAGGAGGCAGGAUCUUUGAUUACUUUGUAAAUGCUGGAUGGAUUGGGAAGGCUUAA